GCCAGUUUCACAGUGCAGUCCCAGAACACCAAGUGCUCACAUGAUGAACAGGGUCCCAGUGUUCAGAUGUUGCUUUGUGAGUAUCUUGGGGUUUGAUCAUUGGCAGUCCUAUGCUUUUGUAUGCUAUACUGUAAUGUGAACUUGGCUAGAUUGCUGAUAAAGUUUUGCUCAAGCAUAAUGGGAAACCUGUUUUCUUAAUCCUUUUUGUUACAUGUGAUUGUCUGCUUUUCCUUUAUCUUCUUUAAUUCUUGUUUAUCUCCGUAUUUUCCAUAACACUGAUCUUUGUUAAAACAGAAUUUUUCAGUUUGACUAGUUUUAGCAGGCACAAUAGAUAUGAAUCAGCUAUUUUGGGGGGCUGGAUACAUUUAAACACUUUAAAACAAAAUUGAAAUGUAACGUUCUAGACUCCUGCAUCUGCUGUUUUACCAAGUCACGUGGCGUAAGCUGAUGCACCUGGGUCAGCCUGAAGCUCUUUGGAGGACAACAGCGGAGUGCCGAGCAGGACAAAUUGGGAGACGAUGCCCACGCAUGAUGAAGGUGUGAUGGUGGGGAAGCAGUGGCGGUCUGUGUGUAAGGGCCUGGUCCUGGGGACAGUGCUAGCUAGCUGCAUGAUCCUGUUCUACUGCCUGUCUGCUCCGGAGGUGCAGAUCAGCUUCCCUGAAGUUCCCGUGCCUUACUCUUGUGCCCGCCGGCCGUCUCCUGACCGUGCCUCCAGGGCGGGGCGGGGUUGGGCUGGCUGCGUGCCAAAGGUGGACGUCAUGUUCAUGAAGACGCACAAGACGGCCAGCAGCACCAUCCUGAACAUCCUGUUCCGCUUCGGCGAGAAGCAUCGCGUGAGAUUCGCCUUCCCCAGCAUGCGCAACGACUUCUCCUACCCCUCGCCCUUCCACCACUCACAGGUGCAGGGCUACAGCCCGGGUGCCUGCUUCAACAUCAUCUGCAACCACAUGCGCUUCAACGAGGCCGAGGUGGCCAAGGUCCUGCCGGCCGACGCUGCCUACGUCACCGUCCUGCGGGAGCCGGCCGAUCUCUUCGAGUCCUCCUUCCACUACUUCGGGCGCCUGAUCCCCUUCACGUGGAAGAUCUCCGGCGAUGACAAGCUGGCGGAGUUCCUCCGGGACCCCGAGCUUUACUACGAUCCAGAGGGUUUCAACUCGUUCUACCUCAAGAACUUGCUUUUCUUUGACCUUGGGCAGGACAACAACCUGCCUCCAAACGACCCGCGAGUAGAGGCGGCCAUCCGGGCGAUCGCCCGCCGCUUUCAGCUGGUCAUGCUCGUGGAGCACUUCGAGGAGUCGCUCAUCCUGCUCAAGGACGCCCUCUGCUGGGACAUGGAGGACCUGCUUUUCUUUAAGCUAAACGCUCGGAAAGGCUCCACCGUGUCCAAACUGACCCCUGAGCUCAGGGCCAAGGCCUUAGACUGGAACGCCAUCGACUGGAAGCUCUACCAGCACUUCAACACCUCCUUUUGGAGGAAAGUGGAGGUGUACGGGUGGGAGCGCAUGGAGCGGGACGUGGCGGAGCUGCGACGCAGGAAUGUGGAAAUGGCUGCCAUUUGCAUCGAGGGCGGCCACGCCGUGGACGCCGGGAGCAUCCAUGAGACUGCCAUGCAGCCGUGGCAACCCAUAGGCGAGAAGUCAAUUUUGGGAUACAAUCUGAAAAAGAAUGUAGACAAAGCACACAGAAAACUGUGUAGAAAGAUGCUCACCCCAGAGCUUCAGUAUCUAACAGACUUAGGGGUCAACUUGUGGAUCACUAAACUAUGGGGUCACAUUAGAGACAUUCUUCACUGGUAGAUGUGGGUAAUGGGCUAUAGCAGGCACAUGCUUGACCUCUGACCUUCACUGAAGAUUAUCACUGACCUCUGUAAAACAAACUGAAUCCUCUGUCUGUGUUACAAGAGAAUGGAGACUGCACACAAUUUUCAAAGUGAUGAGUGAUUGUGAUUUCCAGCAAAUUCCUUGUCUUAUUCAAUAAUUGGUCAAUGUUUUUUUUUUUUUUUUUUUUUUUUUUUUUAAUGAACUCACGUAUUUGCAGUAUAUAGUUGCUUUAGUCAAUCAAAAAUCAAAAACAAACAAAUCAUUGACACUAGUUAUAUGACCUCAAAUAGCUAUUUGAAGUCCCUCCUUUUUAUUAGGGUUUUUGGGUUUUUCUUUUGCCUUCUUUUUGCAUGUUGCCAAUGCCAUAUCAGUAAUAUUCUGACGAGUCUUGAUCACUGAAAUGACAGGUGGCUUCAGAGGGCACCAGGAUACUGUGUGUUCUUCUUUCACUUGUAAUAUGAAGAGCCACUGCUAAUGUGACAACUAGCUGUGCCUAAAGAAAAGAGCUGCACUGAUGAUGAUGUGUGCAGUUCAGAUCUGUGCUUACGGAGAGAGAACGAGAGAGAGAGAGAGUGAGAGUGAGAGUGAGAGUGAGAGUGAGAGAGAGAGACAGACAGACCUGGUGUAAAGGAGGCCCUUACCAAAUGUGAGAUUAUAGUUGCAACAAUAAAAUAAAAACUAACAUAACUGCUGUUAA